AUGGCAACAACAUCAACUAGCACUACAAAAAAGCCUAUUCUGAUUAUUAAAUCUCCGGAAUAUCCAUCAAAAUCCUCAUCACGAAAUGUUCGGUUUGUUCCUGAAAUAACUGUAGAUGAUGAUCAGACUACAGCACCCGUUCAAGAUCCAUUAACAUCACAAUCAACAGCCAAUCAAAUACAACAACAUUCAUUAUCGACAAUACCGACAGUACCGACGGCCACAUCAAGCAGAAAGAUAAAAACCAAUCGGCAAAAUCAUAAAAAAACAAUUUCAACUCCAAGAGCUAAAAAUUCAACUGCCAAAUAA